AUGGCCAUCUCAAAACCGACCGCAAAUGGCAAUACUCAUGCUGAAGUCGCACCAGUCGAACUCGAUGCCUCGAAGGUCAUAAUCAACCUCGCGGAUGAGCUCAAGCCUCUAGCUGCGCCAGAGACUCUAAAAUUCGGAGAGACCAAGACAGAUCAUAUGCUGAUCGUUCAUUACGACCCGGUGCAUGGAUGGGGUGCUCCAGAGAUCAAGCCGUACGGUCCAUUGACGCUAGACCCAAUGAGUUCGUGUUUCCAGUACUGCCCAAACGUGUUCGAGGGGAUGAAGGCGUACCUCGGCCCAAAUGGAGAAGCGCGGUUGUUCCGACCAAUGUUGAACAUGGAGCGUCUAGUGCGUUCGGCGGAUCGAGUGGCUUUGCCUCCCUUUGACCACAACCAGCUCCUCAUCCUCAUCAAACGUCUGAUCCAAGUUGACUCAAGGUGGAUACCUGGCCUACCAGGAUACAGUCUGUACAUCAGACCAACUAUCAUCGGAACACGACCUGCACUGGGAGUGACUGCUUCCGAUAGCGCUUGCAUAUUCGUCGUCCUUUCACCAGCAGGUCCCUAUUUCAGUGCAGGCGCGAAGGGGAUUUCUUUGCUAGCCGUCGGAGAAAGCGUGCGUUCGUGGCCUGGAGGGACCGGUGGCCACAAACUCGGUUUGAACUAUGCGCCUGGCUUCCAACCCCAGCGUAUAGCCGCAAAGCAGGGGUACGACCAGAUUCUGUGGCUACUGGGCGAUGACGAGAAAGUUACAGAAGUCGGCGCGAUGAAUUUCUUCCUGGCUGCAAAGCGCGAUGAUGGUGACGUCGACCUCAUCACACCCCCACUAGACGGAACCAUUCUACCUGGCCUGACACGCGCCUCGACGAUCGCGCUCGCACAGGCGCACACUACCGGCCGGAUAACACUCCCUGGCGUGCCCGGGAGCACGAAGUUGCACAUGCACGAACGGCCCUUGACGAUGAGCGAGAUCGCGUCGUUAUUCGACCAAGGCAAGGUGUUGGAGGCGUUUGGGGUGGGCACGGCAGUCAUCGUCGCUCCAGUAGGUAGGAUUGGGUGGAAAGGCCGUGACUUCGUCUUCCCUGUGUACAAGGAGGCUCUGGGCCCGAUCGGCAAGGGCAUGUGGAACAUGAUCACGGACAUCCAGACCGAAAAGGUCGAAUUCGAUGGCUGGAGCGUGGUUUGCUCGUAG